CACUAAAAAUUGGUCUCUUAUUUAUUUUUUCCUAUACAGAGUGUGACAAGGUCUUUCCAAGUGCGUUUUUAAUAAAAGGAAAAAUAAUAAAGGAAAUUGUGUUGACCUCCAGUCUAACCCUCUUAUCCGUUGCCAUGACAGCAGUACUGUCUCUUUAAGGGACCCGGAAACGGUUCCUUCCUGUGUGUUGACUGGUCCCGGGUCCCAAACAGACAGCUGAGCUCCCUCCCGGAGAUGAUAUCCCACCCUGCUAUCUGGGCUUUUCGCAGCAGUGUGAGGUGCUGGCGACGCUUGGCGGACCUCAAAGCGGCUCUGGGAGUCUCGGACGUCAGCGUUUGUCGCUGGUACUCUACCCAAAUUCGUGGCGGUGUCACGGGCAUGGAGGAGAUACUGACGAGGGUGGUUGCACCUUUACCUACAUACGAAACGAGGGACAAGUCCCCUCCUCCUCCCGAAUCCAACAGCUUGGAGUUCAUGCACUUCUACAGCAGUCUCAAAAAGGAGGACAGACUCGGUGUCCUGACGAAGCUGUCACAGGACUUCGGAGUAGACCACAAAAGCGUGUCAGAGCUCGCCGUGAAGCUGUUGGACACCCAGCUACGGGACCGGGCGACCAUUUUGCAAGUAGAAGACAGGCUGCGGUACAGCCUGACCCCCCGGUAUAAACAGUUGCUGAACCAUAUCAGCAGAGUGGAGGGGGGAGUGAAGUUUCUGGUGGACCUCCGAGCCGAUGUGCUUGAAAUAAUCUCAGCCAAAGCUAGCGAGAGCCCACACAUCAGGGACCUGAACGGCACUCUGAAGAGUUUACUGUCUGAGUGGUUCUCUGUAGGUCUGCUCCGAUUAGAGAGAAUCACCUGGCAGUCCCCCUGCGAGAUCCUGCAGAAGAUCAGCCAGUAUGAGGCAGUGCACCCUGUGCGGAACUGGACUGACCUGAAGCGCAGAGUGGGGCCAUAUCGCCGUUGUUAUGCCUUCACCCAUGCCGCCAUGCCAGGAGAACCCCUGGUUGUGCUACACGUGGCCCUCACUGAAGACAUCUCUGAUAACAUUCAGAGUAUCGUCCGUGAGUUUGCCUCUCUCGACUCAGAGGAGGAUGUGAAUAAGAUAAAUGCAGCCAUCUUCUACUCCAUCUCCUCCACCCAGGCUGGCCUACAAGGAGUGGAGCUGGGCAAUUACCUCAUCAAGAGGGUGGUGAGAGAACUACAGAGCGAGUUCCCUCACAUGGCCAUGUUCUCCAGCCUGUCUCCAAUCCCAGGCUUCUCCUCCUGGCUCCAAGGCCUGCUCAGCCAGUACAGGAAGGAAGGUCGGGGGUCUGAUCUCCUCUCUGAGCAGGAGUGGAAGGAGGUGGAACAAGCCACCGACUCAGCCCCAGGAGCCCCGGCCACCGAGGCUCUCCGUAAGCUGAUCGGCACCAGUGAGUGGACGCACUCUGAGCGGCUGUCCCGUGUCCUGGAGCCCGCCCUGAUGCGUCUCUGCGCCUGGUAUCUCUACGGGGAGAAGAGACGAGGCUACGCUCUCAACCCGGUGGCUAACUUCCACCUGCAAAACGGUGCCACCAUGUGGCGGCUCAACUGGCACGCCGACACCAGCCCUAGAGGCGUUGCGAACUCUUGUGGCAUCAUGGUGAACUAUCGUUACUUCCUGAACGAGACAUCUAAAAACAGCGCUCUUUACCUGCAGAAUAAGGUCAUCACAGCAUCGGAGCAGGUGCUGGGUCUGGUGUCCCAAUUUCAGAAGAACAGCAAACUGUGAGAAAUAUGCGCCCAUAAAUUUGAGUUAAAUUGCACUUGAUAUUAUUAAUAUAUUGACUGACUGCUUCAGAAGCAGCACUUGAAUGGACAUCAGCUGGUAUUCAUUUUUCAGAUGAAAUUAGAACAUUUCUCACAUGACGUGUUUCAUCCCAUCUUCUGUCUGUAGUGCAUAGGUUAGGCUUUUUGCCUCAUUGGGUUUCUGGUUGAAGCUGUUUGAUAUUGUGUAAGUGCCUCCCAGGCCGAGAGACUGUAGCUAAUGAAGCACAAGUCAUCUAUCAAUGCUUUACCAUGUUCCUGGAUAACCACGUGUGUAAUGGCGAAGAAGGAGCAACGAGGGAGCGCAGCUACUGGAAUAAAUGAUGUUUAGGUUCUUUCAUUUGGGCGAACUGUCUCCCUGCAAACAUGUGGGAGAAUUGGAGAGUAUUCAAUUUUUUUGUCUUUGGUCAGGUUUAUACACACCUGCUGUUACACUGAUUAUUUCCACGAAAAGCUCAAUACACAAAGGCAUGAAAUCACAGACUGGAAAUAUUAUAUCAUAUUAAAUAACUCUAAACAAAA